UACAGCGCGCCAAACAUGAUGCGCGCCGACGCCGCGGUGCCGCGAAUAUCCCAUAUAGGGCUGGUCGCCCGCAGCCCCGAGGGCCACGCCGCCAAGAAAAUGCAGAUCAAGGGACAUGAGGACCAGUGGGUUCACAUACAGGAACACACGUUCAAGAACUGGGUGAACGAGCACGUGUCGCCGUCGAACCGCGUGAACGACUUGGCCGAGGACUUGUGCGACGGGCGUGUGCUCUGCGAACUGGUGGAGAACUUGCAGAACAAGAAAAUACCCUCGUGGACCUACAGCCCCGCCAACCGACAUCAUAUGUUGGAGAACGUGUCCAAGGCCCUGACGGCCAUAGCCGACGACGGCGUCAAGCUGGUCAACAUUGGAAAUGAAGACAUAGUAAACGGUAACUUAAAACUCAUUUUGGGUUUGAUAUGGUCGUUAAUCGUUCGUUAUCAAAUUGGGCGUUCAAAGUUCCCGCCCAAAAAGCUCAUGCUAGCUUGGCUUAAGUCUGUGCUACCGGAAUGUAAUGUGACUAACUUCACUACAGACUGGAAUUCUGGAAUUUACUUAUCUUCGUUGUUAGACCAUUGCGAACCAGGACUAUUCCCUCAAUGGAGGAAUCUGAAUCCCAAAGACAGCGUGGACAACUGUCGUCGAGCUAUGGAACUAGCCCGGGAUCGUUUUAACAUACCAAUGGUCUUGGAACCCGAAUACCUGGCUUCGCCAUAUCUCGACGAACUGUCUGGUAUGACUUAUCUGUCAUACUUUAUGAAAGACAAAAGCCCGGGUACUCGGUCCACCUUAAACUGGGUAAACAGUCAGUUAAAAAAUCACACAGUAUCUAAUUUUACGACUGAUUGGAAAGACGGAGUAGUGUUAUGCGAAUUGAUGAAAUCUCUUGGCAUUCCGGUAAAGUACGAAACCCAAGACGACCCGGCCGUCUGGGAGUCCAAUUUGAAUUCGGGUAUGAACGCUGGAAGAAAGUUGGGCGUCGAACCGCUGCUAAAGGCCAAAGACGUGUCCAGUCUAAACGCUUCGCACUUGGGAAUGAUGUCGUACGUUUCCAAUUUCCAAUGGGUAAAACCGCGAACCAGACCAUCGCACACCGUACGCGCCCAUAGCGACACCCAUACGACCAGAGUGUACAAACCAACGAAUUUCAAAGUGUCAUUUCUCGAAUCCGAGGUAGACCCGAAGGACGUGACGGUGGAAAUCAUCGGACCGGAACUCAACGUCAUACCGUGCAAUUUGAAUUUAAAACACGACGGGGGCACAUGUACAUUCGUACCGCUCAUCAUAGGAAUAUACAAGGUGACCAUUUACAACGGCGAUGAGGUGGUGCAAGGGUGUCCGAUGUUUAUCAGGGCCAUGCCAGAGGUAUCGGAAAUCAAACACACCGGUAUGGAACCCUGCGCCGUCGGAUCUAUCGUCGAAGUUUUGAUCAACUGCAACGGCGCCAAAGCUCAAAAUAUCCAAGUAAUUGCCGAAAGCCCGGAUGGCAGACAGAUGGAGUGUCCGGUGACGGAAUCGGGAGACGCGUACAGGACUACGUUCCAGCCGGACGAACCCGGCGAAUGGACCAUAGCAAUCAAGCACCGGGGUCAGCUGAUCCAGGGUAGUCCGUACACGUGUUUCGUAUUCGAUCCCAACGGCAUAAAAUUGCUUGGAUUGGACAGGCCGGCCAUAGCAGGAAGCAUAGUGAACUGGACCCUGGACGCUAGGGGAACAGGCGGCUUAGGGAAAAUCGAAAUUGACAUUGUCCACGACAAACAGUCGCUUCCGCACACCAUCGAACACAUUGGUAACUCAAUUUACAACGUUUCUCUGCACACCAGAAGACCCGGGAAGUACAAGAUAUAUGUCUACUUCAAUGGUGCAACCGUAAAAGGAAGUCCGUUUCCGUUAAGAGUUGGCUCCAAAGAAGAAGUAAAACGGCACAGAAACACGCCUACUAAGUUGGUAAACGGACACAACUCUUCGUCUGCAUAUAACUCGUCCUCUUCCACCAACGAAUACCACAAAAGCAGUAGUCUCCUCAGACCCAUUUCGCCAUUACAAUCGCCAAAGUUCACUUCUUCGCCUAUCAACCACCACAGUAGCACGUUUAAGUCGACAAAUUUUUCGGAAUCGGGGUUUCGAAGCCUGUCUUCGCCAUUACACUUGAACAUUCCUAACUCUCUGUCACCAAGUCAUAGUUAUGUAUCUCCAGUCAAAAGUGCAUUGUCGCCGUCGAGUUUAAAAAACGAAGUGGUUUUCGGCGAUAACCUACAGUUGAUGCCAGUUCAUAGAACUUCUACGAUUUACAUAAAUACCGACGAAUCACUUGCCAACAUCAACGUUACAGUUACUGGUCCAAUGAGCAAAACUAUUCCAGUCAGGAUGUCAAGAAAUAUCGCUCAAGGUCAUGUUUUGGUGCAAUUUACAGCCGAACAAAUUGGAGAACAUUCCAUAGAUGUUAAAAUCGAUGGAGCUAAAGUCUCCGGAUCACCAUUUAGGAGUCAUGCAUAUGAUGUGUACGCUAUUAAAGUUGGCCACAUACCUAACGGAGUUGUGGGUGAACCAGUAGAAUUUGAAAUCGAUGGAUCUGGCGCUGGAUCAGGGAACUUGGAGAUAUUAGUAAAUGGUGGACACGUUACUAGUUUUGUGAGAAAUUUGGGCAACCAGAAAUUUCUAGCAUCGUUCGUACCACACAAAGCACUUGUUCAUUUAGUGGAUAUGAAAUUUAACAACGAACAAGUACCAGGGAGUCCCUGGGAAGUUAUAAUCAUGAGUGGUGGAGGAUUUAGUCCAAAAUUAAGUGUCAUCGGUGAUGCUGUGAAGUUGAUACCUGUUGAUUCAGUUGCAAUAUUUCAAAUAAGUGCUAUUGGGUAUCAUCGGGAAGACGUUCAAGUUAAUGUACUAAGCCCGACCAAGCGCAAUGUACAAGCAAAAAUUAUUAAUGAAGGUGGAAAUGGCAUAUUUAGGAUUGAAUUUCUUGUCAUUGAAGUUGGAACCCAUUUGGUGGACGUUAGCGUUGCCGGUCAUAAACUUGGUACUGGUACUUUAUUAGCCAAAGGAUAUAAUUCGGCGUUAAUAAGAGUAACAGAUGUGACUGACGCCGUAGUCGGUCAACCUUGCCAAUUCAGAGUUGAUGCUAGUGAUGCUGGCGAAGGUCAGUUAGAGAUAUCAAUUAAUGAAGGCGAAGUACCAAAUCAUGUAACUGUUGUUGGAGGCGGAAGAUGCUUAGUAUCUUUUACGCCUGAACAUGUGAAACCUCAUAUGAUUGACAUAAAAUUUAAUAGCGAAACUGUGAUAGGAUGCCCUUUUGUGUGUUCUGUAUCUGACACUAGUCGCGUGUCAGUUAAUUUAUCCCGCUUGGAGUUGAUACCUGUUAAUCAGGUAGCAAAAUUUCACAUGAUGGUUGAUAAUUCAGCUUCUGCCGAAUUAUCGGUUUCUGUAACGGGACCGUCUACUGAACUGCCUGUCAAAGUUACCGGCAACGUUAAUAUAGGUUUCACUGCAGAGUUUACACCACAACAAGUUGGUGCUCAUUCAAUAUCUGUUGAAUAUAAUGGUCAUCCUGUUAAUGGCACGCCUUAUGUAGCUAAGGCCUAUGAUGCUAGCAAAGUUUUAGUUGGAAACGUGCCGAAAGGUCAUGUUGGAAAUUCGUACCAAUUUACAGUUGAUGCUAGCGAGGCCGGUGAAGGUAAUUUAGAAAUCACUAUUUCCGCCAGAGGAGCAAAUAUUCCCACGCAAGUUCAUCCACAAGGCAACGCUAAGUUUGCCGUUAGUUUUCUGCCACUCCAACCUACCGAUCAUGUUAUUACUAUUCAUUUCAACAAGGAAUCGGUUCCAGGGUCUCCAUUUAUUGCUCAUGUUGAGGGAGAUUUACCAUUAGUUAGUGGUUCAUCUCUUACUUGUGCACCUGUUUCAAGUACAUCCCAUUUCACAAUGAGCAAUGUAUCUGGAUCAUUGGACGAUAUUGAAGUCAACGUUGAGGGUCCCAACGGCUCAGCCGUUCCUGCCCAAGUAAAAGAAUCUGGUACGCAGUCGUACAAAAUCGAAUUCUGUCCGAAAAUUGUUGGUGAACACAAGAUCGCUGUAAGUUAUCUUCGAACUCCGGUGGCUGGAUCGCCAUUUAGUUGCAAAGUGUACGAUAUUAAUGCAAUCAAGGUCAAGUCUGUUCCAAAAGGCACGAUUGGUCAGCAAGUGACAUUUAUCGUUGAGACAAGCCAAGCAGGUCCGGGCAAUCUAGAAGUAACAGUCAAUGGUGGCCGUGUGCCAACUUCUGCUCAAGCCCAAGGACCCCAUACGUAUGCAAUAUCGUUUACACCCCGCCAACCUACAAUUCAUACUGUUCAUUUACGUUUUAAUAACCACGAUGUACCAGGUUCGCCGUUUACAUGUUCAGUCACUGAAGCCGCCAGAGUUGUAGUCUGGUCUGCAACAGAAGAUAAAGUAUCUGUUGGUAAAAUCGCAUCCUUUGCUGUUCAGUGUGAAAGUAGUCCUCAAGUUCAGGUCUUGGCACCACUUAGGCAUUCAUUACCUGUGACUGUUAUACCGGCUUCUCAGCCUUCUACACACAACGUUCAAUUCACACCUAUUGAUGUUGGCGAUCAUAGUGUUGAAGUCAAAGUGGAUGGUAUUCAUGUUGAAGGGAGUCCGUUUUUAGUCAAAGCAUACGAUGCAUCAAAAGUUCAGGUCACUGAUAUUAACACUGGGUUUGUUGGCAAGCCUGUAAACUUCAAUAUCAACGCUAGUGAAGCUGGUGCUGGAAAUUUAGAAAUAAUAGUGUCUGUUAAUGGAGUAAAUGUUCCAAACUAUGUUCAGUCAGAAGGAAAUGCAAAAUUCCGUGUUAAUUUCAAACCACGUGAGCCUGCCCCUCAUAGUUUGAGUGUGCGUUUCAAUGGAGAACCUAUACCUGGGUCUCCGUUGACGUGUCGUGUAUUGGACAUUGAUCAAGUGGCUGUUACUGGUACAGGUGUUAAGUAUUGUGCGGUAAAGAAAACAGCAGAUAUUAAAAUUGAAAGUCCUGACAUAUCAAAUGACACUAAUUUUAAAAUCAAUGUUUUUUCACCGACUGGACAAGUAAUUGAUGUUAAGACAACUAUAAUGGCAAAUGCUAUCGGGGCAUAUUUUACACCAAAUGAAAUCGGAAGACACAUUGUAGAAAUUUUUAUCGAAGGUCAGAUGGUAGAUGGCAGCCCAUUUUCUUGUAAUGUUUAUAAUAUUAAUCACAUCAAAGUAACUGGACUUGGAACUGCAAAAGCCGGAAAACCAGUCACGUUUAGUGUGGACGCGACAGAAGCUGGAGAAGGAACCUUAGAACUAGUGGUCAGUAGUCAACGAGGUACAGUUAAAGCUGAAGUAGUUGCUUGCUCAAGAGGUUUAUACGAUGUAACAUUUGUUCCUCACAACCCGAUACCACAUUUUGUUAACAUAACUUUCAAUGAUGAAAUUGUACCUGGAAGCCCAUACAGUUGUGAAGUUCUUGAUUUGAAUGGAGUACGGAAAGGAGCAACUGGAUCGUCAAUUACCGCGUAUGGUGAAGGCUUACAACGUGUGAAGCUGGGAUAUCCAGCUCGCUUCGAUAUAAAUCCUCACAUUGCUGACCACGGUUCUAUUACUGUAAAUGUUAAAGGUCCUGAAAAUAAAACUGUACCUGUUAAUUUACAUAAACAUGACAGUGGUUUGUACCGUGUAUCAUAUCGACCGACUGCAGUUGGCUUACACAUGGUUACUAUACUUCAUCGAAAUCAACCCAUUUCCAAGCAUCCUUGGAAGGUACAAGUGAUAGAGCCUGAGUUAGUAGCAGUCAGUGGACUAAAUGAAUCUAUAUGUAAUAAACCUGCAUCCUUCAAAGUGGAUACGAGAAAUGCAGGUAAAGGAGAGUUAUCGGUUGUAAUCAAAGCAGCUGGUCGUGAUGUUAAGCUUAAAACUACAGAUGUAGAAUCUAAUGGCAUUCAUCAAGUCGCGUAUCAACCAGUUAUUCCUGUACCUCAUUACGUGCACGUAAAGUACAAUAAUUACGAUGUGCACGGGUCACCAUUUAUGGUGAAUGUGCGUGAACAAAUUCCAUCUACUUCGGCAGAACUACGAGCUAUUGGUCAUGGUCUGUAUCAAAGUGUUGUCAAUAAAAUGUCGUCUUUCAUAAUUGAUAGUACUGGUAAAUCCAGCCAUGAAUUUGAUGUGGUCAUUACUGGACCGCAGCAUACAGCUGUUCCAGCACAAUGUUAUCAACAUAAAAAUGGUAUGAAUUUGAUUGUUGAGUUCACGCCUACUAAAGUUGGUCAACACAAUAUUGAAGUGACACAUUUUGGUAAACACCUUAAAGGCUCGCCGUUUAGUUGCUAUGUCUAUAAUGCGGGCAGUGUUAAAAUUAUCGAUUUACCAGAAAAGAAUAGUGCAGUUGUACACAGGCCUGUAUCGUUUAAGUUGUUGCGCAAAAAUGCUGGUUUGGCCGAUUUCACAGUAACUUGUCUUGGACCAGAUAAUGAAGAUGUUCCAGUCGAUUUUAAAAAUGACGGUGAAGAUAUCGAUGGUGUUCAGAUUAUCCCUACUGUACCAGGAGAUUAUAUUUUUAACAUUCUCUACGGCAAAGAACAUAUAACAGAGUCGCCGUUAAAAGUUAAUGUGGCAGAUCCGGGGGUACCUCGAGUUUGGGGAUCGGGACGGACUAAAGCCUUGAAAGAUGUUACUGCACGAUUUUUCAUUGCCUCUUUGGGUACAUCGUAUCACACAACUCCAAUCGUUACCGUCCGGAGUGGCAAUGAUAUAGUGCCUGUAACAGUUAUUCAGUCGUCAAGUGGACAAGAAGGAGAAUAUGAAGUUUCUUUCACUCCAUACAAUGUUGGUGUUUGUGAAAUCAGUAUUGUGUGGAAUGGAAGACACGUAGGAGACUCUCCUUGUAGAUGUACGGUCAUAGACAUUAAUAAAAUAAUAACCGUCGGAGAACCAAAUUUAAAUGAACGUCUUAUUCUUGGAGUAAAUGCUCCUACAACAUUAACAUUUGAUACAUCAGCCGCUGGACCAGGUGAAUUAGAAGGUCGCUUGGAAAGUCAAGGAGGAAUGAAGAUUCCAAUAAUUAUAGACAGCUCUGGAAAUACUGCCAAGUGCGUUUUAACGCCACACACUUCAGGGCCUCAUGUUUUGCACUUAAGCUAUGAGGGUUUUCCAUUGCCAAAUUCGCCAUAUCCUGUUUUAGUCGAAAGCGGAGCUGCUGGUGUGCGAGUAGUACUCUCUGGAAGUGGACUGACCUCAGCUACUUGUGGCCAACCAGCAGAGUUUACAAUUGAUGGUUCCCAAGCUGGACCAGGGAAUCCGGUGGUUACUUUGGCAGGCUCUAGAAAUGAAAUUCCAGUUAAUGUUGUAAAAGCCGGAGAAAACUUGUAUCACGCCACUUAUUCGCCUGUAAGCCCCGGAGCUUAUUUAUUAAAUGUCCUUUGGGGUCAUAGGCAAGUUAAAGGUUGUCCGAUGAAAAUCAAUGUGACCGGUGUUUGUGAUGCUAGUAAAGUUCUGUGCACUGGAGACGGUCUCGGUAUUGGUACAGUGGGGAAAGAUAUUAGAAGUUUUAUUGAUACAAGAAGAGCUGGGCCAGGAGAGUUAAGCGCACAUUGCAUAGGACCGCAUAAAGUCGCUUAUUGUGAAUUGUAUGACCACGGCGAUGGGACAUUUACACUAAACGUGAAACCGCAAGAGUCUGGCAGACAUACUCUUACUGUCAAGUACGCUGGUGAGGAUGUCCCCGGAAGUCCGUUCACGGUCAGAGUUAGUGGCGCGCCGGAUGCGAGCAAAGUGCGUGUUUACGGUCCGGGAAUUGAACACGGCGUUCUUGCUAUUUUUCAAAGUAGAUUCAUAUGUGAUACACGUGGAGCUGGCGCUGGUCAGCUAACAGUCAGGGUCAGAGGGCCCAAAGGUGCGUUCCGAGUUGAAAUGCAGCGUGAAAACCAAAAAGACCGAACAAUACUCUGUAAGUUUGAUCCAACUGAGCCAGGUGAUUACAGAGUCGAAGUGAAAUGGGCAGGAGAACAUGUGCCUGGAUCUCCUUUUAUGGUGAUGAUAUUUGACACUCAAGAAGAACUCAACCGAUAUCUACAGGGCAAUCAUUCUCCGGUCGGAUCAGACUUAUAUAGUAGCGUUAAUUACUCGUCAAGUUAUGCUCACAUCACACCCUAAUCAUGGUUACUAGAUGAAUAAUAUAUUAUUAUAAAUGUUUUUUUUUUUUUAUGUUAAAAAUGUUUUUUUCAAACAAACAGUAUUGUUUUUAAACGGGACUAAUGAAAAUGAAUCCGUCCAAUCGAAUUAUUAUUAUUUAUUUAAUAUUUUAAUGUAUAAUUUUUUUUUAUAUGAAUAUUAACUUAUUUGAUUAAUCAAAAUGUAUUACCAUUUUCUUGUUAUGUGCC